AGCAGUGGGGGCGGCGGCCGUGGCGGCAGCUGGGACGACAGCCGUGACGGCGGCGGCGGCGCGGGGCCUGGGCCGGGGGGAAUGAGGAGGCCGCGGCGGGCCAGCGGCGGAGCCGUGUAGCGGAGGAGCCGCCCCCCCUCUCCGCGUCCCUUGGCCGAGCCGGGGGCGCGCGCGCGCGGCCGUCCGCAGCGGGCUUCCCACCCUCUACUCCCGCGACCCGCACCGCACCCCCACCCGGGCCGGAGGAUGAUGAAGCUCAAGUCGAACCAGACCCGCACCUAUGACGGCGACGGCUACAAGAAGCGGGCCGCGUGCCUGUGUUUCCGCAGCGAGAGCGAGGAGGAGGUGCUACUGGUGAGCAGUAGUCGCCAUCCAGACCGGUGGAUUGUCCCUGGAGGAGGCAUGGAGCCUGAGGAGGAGCCGAGCGUGGCAGCAGUCCGGGAAGUCUGCGAGGAGGCUGGAGUAAAAGGGACAUUGGGAAGAUUAGUUGGAAUUUUUGAGAACCAGGAGAGGAAGCACAGAACGUAUGUCUAUGUGCUCAUUGUCACGGAGGUGCUGGAAGACUGGGAGGACUCAGUUAACAUUGGAAGGAAGCGAGAGUGGUUUAAGGUAGAAGAGGCCAUCAAAGUGCUGCAGUACCACAAGCCUGUGCAGGCGUCAUAUUUUGAGGCGUUGAGGCAAGGCUACUCCGCCAACAACGGCACCCCGGUCAUGGCCAUCAGAUGACUGAAGACCUGGAAGAGGGUGGAAUUGGAAACCAGACUGAGUGCAGACCUUCCCUCUCACCCUUGCUCUCCUCCCUCUCCUCACAGGCCUCCUCUCUCACAUAAGGCAUGGCAGCAGAGAAAGGGCUCAGUGAUAAUGUUGCUGUUUGGUGUUAUGUCAUGGGCUUUUCUUCUCAUUGGGGGGGUGUAAUUUGUAAGUCCUUUCGUGCAUGAGCUGCCCUCCCUGUUCACAUCCUACACUCUCAGAGGCAAACGGCCGUCCUCUGCCUCGGCUUCUGAAGGGUUCCGUCUGUCGCUUCCUGGCCCUGACCAGGCUCUCUUCUUCGAUUUUUAAAUUUUUUUAAAUUAAAAGAUACCAAUACGAGAUGAAAUUUUUCAAGAAUGUGCUCGUAAUGUGCUCUUCUGCCCAGUGGUUGGUCCCUUUCACUACAGGGUACAUUUAUCUACACAUUAUAUACUGGGCAUAUAAUAUGUAAAUAAGUGACUUUUAGAAGAGGAAUUUAACUGUUUAAAUGUUUCAAGGUUUUGUUUUGUUUUUUAAUCUGGGGCGUUCUGAAACAGAGCCUCGCAAUUUAUGUUUUCUUUUAAUGUUAGUGACUAGACCAGUUCCCUUCCCCUCCUCUUCCCCAGUCACAACUGCAGUGAGCGGGGCCGGGGGAGCACAGCCACGUCACAGCGCCCGGAUGCAUGGCCUUUCUCCUCGAAGCUGUUCCGGGCCCAGGAGGAACCGGGAAGAAACCUCGUUCCUUUUUAGUACCAAGCCAGGAGCAAAUGGCCUCCGCUCAGAUCCAGGAAGCAGUGAUAGAAAUGGAAUUCCUCCCUGCGUGUUGACAAUAGGGGUUUGAACUGGGUUCUUGGGAUUACUUUCCCAAAACUGGAGCGUCGGGCCCUGUUCCUGUCCUGCUGGUUUGGAGUUUUUUCCAUAAUGCUGCUGCUCACCGACACAGCCUCUCCUGUGCGUCCAUGCCAUAGCAUGCGGCUGGGUCUGGCCUAUGUGCUGAGCAGCCAGCCAUCCUCAGUAAGUGCAGCUGUGCAGCCCUCCCCCGCCCAGGUAACCAUGCUAAGUCCCGAAACGUACGCAGGAAGGCAAUCCCGGUUUUGCUUGUCUUUGUAAGGUCAUAGCACUUGCGAGUGCACCAUGAGCAUGCUCAGACACUGCAUGUGUCUCCCCUGCGGUGUAAGAGCCGCGAUGUGGCGGAGUGCGUAACGCUUGCUAGGACAGGUACACAGUGCGUUGGCUCCCUGCAAACUGUCCUGUUGGGUUUGAUACAGGUCUCCUGCUGUUCAUUUGCAGUUGUGUUGUCUAGUUGGGAAGUCAGGGUCUGAAAUCUGGAGUCGGGUGGGGAGGCACUGCUCAGCCCCUGGCUUGGGAAAGGAGCUUGUUGCUAUACCCUCAGUGGCAUCUCCUUUGUCAAAACACAGCCAAGAUGUGAAAUUAGAAUCGUAGUUCUCUUUAUUUAAAAAUUCUAAUAAAUACUCAAACUUUGAAAA